UUAACAUGAGUAAAACAACAAUGAAAUUCAUAUGGAUUGUCGCUUUCGUUUUACUUGCGCUGGCCACACUAGCAGCGGCGCAAGAUGUACAAUGUCCUGGAAGGCCACCAACCCAACUAUGUCUGAAGCCAAAGAAUGUUGGUACAUCCGGUCGUGGCUGUCAGCCCAGACAAAUGUGGCACUUCAAUGAAAGGGCGCAAAGAUGUGAGCGUCUGAAUUAUCUCGGCUGUGGAGGGAAUGAGAAUCGUUUCUGCACCUUGGAGGGCUGCCGGAAUUCUUGCAUUUGAUGGAGGAAGUCUAUACAAAAUUUACUUAUGUAUAUGUACAUUUACAUUUUAUGGGAAAAAUAUGUUACAAAAUUCUUUAUUAUGCACUUAUGCACUUUAUUUAUUGUUUACUACUUUUUUAUAAAAAUAGGCGUCAAACAAAUCCAAAUUUAAACCUUGUAUAAAAAUUUAACAAAAAGUACCAUUUCGGAUAUUAAAAAAAAAAAUAGGUCUGCGGUGUUUUAUCCUAUUGAAUUUUAGUAGAGUUUGAAUAAAAUGUCAUUUAGAAAAGUUGCUUAUUGUGUCAAGGUACCACAAAAUUUCAGUAUAAAAGACAACUUACAUUUCAUAGCAUAUAUUUAUG